AUGUGUAUUCUGCUCCUCCACCUCCUCCCAUUUACACCCACCAGGGAGAUAGCAGAGAUCAGCCAGCGAGCGGCCAACGCCCUGGUCAAGCCGACCAAACCCCAGCCCGCCGCCCGCCGCUCUAAGUCGGCCGUCACCGCAGGGUCCUCGCGGUCUGACCCCGAUCAGAAGGAAGGGGAGGAGGAGGGGGAGCAACAUCACGCCAUCAGACCCCGGUCGUCCUCCCGACGUAGAGCCUACAUCAUCAAACGUCCGGAGAGCGCUCCCUUGUUUGGCCGCGUCACGCCUAGGCCCUUCACGCCCGACCAGGACAAGGCUGGGCCAGGUUCCGGCGAUGCGGGAGGGUCAUCCGAGGAGGGGGUCAGUGGCGGAGGGGGAGGAGGAGGCGGGGGAGGGAGCGGUCAGUUGAAAGGUGCUAGUCCAGAUGGGGCCGAGCGUGGAAGGAGAUCAAGGCCAGUUGUAAGGCCGCCUUCUAUUAAAAAGAAUUCUACGUCAAGUGCAAGCCUUCUGCCUAAAGUGCCUUCCCUUACGGAUAAAAAGUCUACGCCAAACGUCGACGUAAAGCUGGAAGGGUCUUCUGGUGUUGAUAACUUUGAGAACUCUUGCUCUCCGCCCCCCUCUCUGGGUUCAGACACCUUGAGCUCUGAGACUUUGGUUGUGCCUUCCCGUGUAGAUAUCACCCACAUCUCUCCUCCACAGACUUUGGGUAUGGACAACAACCUUUACUUUAGCAGCUCUGCUCUUUACGAGAACAGCGGGAAAAGUAAUAGUGGUAGAGAUGGUGACGGUGACGGUGACGGGGACGAAAAGGGAAUCGAUAGACGAGAAGUCGUACACGUCACGCACACGGAGACAAUCGUAAUCCCCUCGCCGAGGUCAAAGUUCACCUCGAGUGAUGCAGCAACCUUCACCUCCACCACCACCACCAGCAUUAGCAGCAGCAGUAGCUCCCCGAGUCAGCAACAGCAACAGCAGCAGCAGCAGCAGCACAGCGAGGUAAAGUUCUCGGUGUCCGUGUCUCCCGAGCUGCGGAGAGUUCAGCAACACCACGUGAGUGACGUCACCAACCAGCAGCAGACGACGACAACGACUACGACGACGACAAUACCAAACGUGGACUCGGACACAGACUUCCUGCCCUCGGAGGACCAAUGUUCCACAGCACGAGACGAUGCUCCGACUUUCAAGAACGAAAUCACCCUGAGUCGGCCCAAGGAGAGCUCACUCGAGCGGGUGUACGGGCGGGAGGGAGGGAAGGAAGGGGAGCAGGAAGAGCCGGAAACUCAUCAUUCUGAGCUGAGAUGGAGCGUCAGCAAACUGCCCCAACCUUCAGUCCCCGCCAUCGACAUUGAAAUCACACAGAAGUCGAAACAAGAAGAAAGUUACAAACAGACUGGCUCAGAAAUUGGCGGUCGCGGGCUAAACCGUACGGGCCGGUCAAGCGGGGACAUAGGCCACAGUGAACAGGACAGUAAUGUCCAGAUUGAGACAGACUUUAGUGAAGAUGACGUGUUUUCCCCCGAGGUAAGGGCUGGCGUCACUCCUCUCUCGUCUGCAAACACUGGACAUUCUCCUGGUGGUUUGGAGGAAGACGAAGAGGAAAGAGAAGAUACUUGCAUUUCGGUAGAUAAAGAUGUUUCGGGUUUGAAGAAUAUCGUUAGGGAAGAUGAUGAAACAAAUGACAGAAAGCAAAGUGAAGGUGAUGGAGAGAGCCCUCGUGAGGGAGAAGAGGGAGCGGAGGGAGAAGAGGGAGCGGAGGAACGUCUGGACUCGAGCUCACGGAUGCCUGGCCAUGUGGAAGCUGGUGUGUUCAUCCCCUCGCUCCGGCUGGACAGUCUGGUGGGGGAGGACACGCUGAGUGACACGGACCGGACCAACAGUCAGAGCACUGGUCACACAAACUCCAUGGCUGAGUUCAGCACCGCUGAUUCCAGAGAAGACGUAGCGAUAUCUCCUGAUGUUACAGAGGAGAUCAAGUUUCCCGGGAAUGGAACAGAUGACCGUGUGGUGCUCGCUCAAGAAGUCGUACAGAAUGAGAUAAAGUAUCCCGUGUUUUCAAGUGUUCCUUUGAAAACUCUUCAGAGCGCUCACGAAGAACAAAAUAAUCCAUCGCCAAAUUCUGAUCUAUCUCCUUCUCGAGACGAGACUCACCAGGAGAAAGAUUUGAUAAACGCGUCGUCAGGGCAACCGCUGGUUGAUGCAGACGCCAGAGACGUGUUGUCGUCUGCGUCUGAUGACCACGAGAGUGGCGAGUACCACCUGGACGGGUCUGACCACGUGGCGGAGAGUGAAGGGGAGGAUGGUGACCACAACUUUGACCACGGUGGUAACGUUCACGCGGACUCCCAUAACGUCAAACUCCACGCGGACUUGAAGAAAAAGUUAAGCUCUAAGGGUUUGUUCGAGUCCCUCCCCGGAGUUGAGGAAGAAGCUGGUGCUAGCUACAAGGUCAAGCCCAAAAAGAAAAAUGCCUUUUCUAGAUUUUUCGCCCGGAAAAAAGGCAAGUACAACCCCUCGGCAGAUCUCGACAUGUCCUCUUCGGUGUUACCUUCUCCGAGUUCAGAGAACGAGGAUCGAAAGAAAAAGAAGAAGAAAUCCUCCUCCUCUUCCUCUCCGAAGUUGUUCAGUCUGAAGGGCAGAGACAGAUCCAGGGAGAAUGAACAUAUGGGAGCUGAGGAGGAGAAGAAGGCAGACAACUCCUCAUCUCGAGGUGGCAGCAAGGCUCCCAAGCACGGCGGACUGAGCAAAGACAGCAUCGUGGUGAUCAAAUCUUCGGGCAAGUCUCUAUCUGGCGUCACGCCCGAUCUGAGUGCUGUUGGCUCCGCUGGGGAGGAGAGUGUGGAUCACGUGACGGCGGAUUAUAAACCAGGUGGUCAGGGUGGGGAUGAACAGGACAAGAUUGAAGAGAGUGUUGUUUAUGGAGAAGUGCCGCAGGAGAAUGACAGUGCACCGUUAGAUAUUAAGGUCAAUACUACUAAAAUACCUCAAGAUACGUCCGUCGAAUCGUCGGACAAUGAUAAAUUCAAAGACGUUGUUCCAACUGAACGCACUGAGGGCGACACAGAAUGCGUGGACGCUGGUCCAGGUAAGAGUCCAGAGCCGUUGUACGCCAAUGUUUCUAGUUCGCCUCACUCAUUCGACGAUGGCGCAGGUUCACCGGACGAGAUAGAGAGACAGGGUGUGAGGAAGGAUGACGCAGCGCUAGCAGUCCUCACAGAAAAUGUAGACUCUCCUCUGGUGUUCAUGAGCUCUCCAAAGAAAACUGCCGAUGAACGCGAGCAGGGAGAUUGUAGCAAGAUCGACGAAAAGUUGAACAAAGUGUACGAGGAGUCGACUAACUUCCCGAUGUUUGAGGUACCGUCAGUAACAGAGUCUGUGGCCAGUGGCGAUAUAAUGCCGUCAAGUGUGAGGGUGGAGCAAAGUUAUGACGUCACUGUGUCGGAAGGAGAGGACUCUGAGCACAAGAGACUGGGGCCACCUGGUGGGGAGGGAGUUGAGGUGAUUCCUGUGCUGAGGAGCACUUCUGCUGAAGAAAUAAGUGAGCCUGAUCUCUCUGAGAUGUCUGGCAAGAUGGAUGAGGAUAUCACCAGUUCUUCGCUAGCCUCCAACAGUCUGGAUAUCGCUGUCGGGCUGAUAGAUCAGCGGGUUGAAAGCAGCAGUCUCCCUUCACCAGGUCACGGAAUCGAUGACGAUAAUCAAGAUGAAGAUGACGACAAUGACGUUGUUAAAUUUUCCAUGAGAGACGAAGGAAGCAGCCAUGAGGAGUGCAGGCGUGCCAGUAAACUAAGCGCUAUAGAAACCACGGAGUCGGACGAGGAGCUGGACGAGGGCCUAGUGGACGCCGCCGACGACUUCCCUCUCAGACGUCCGAAGUACGCCACAGCGGGACCAGGUGGGGGGCCGGGGGCUCCUGUGCUGGGCAGGGACAGUCGGUACUGGGACGACAACAAGUACGCUGAUGACGGAAUCCCCUGUGUGAUGCCCAAGAGUCCUGGGAAGCCCAAGUACAAACCCAGGAAAGAUCGCGUGGAGUCUGGGGACGUAUCUCUGGAGCCGGAGUGUUCGUUUGACGAGAGUUUCGAUACCCUCACUCCGAGAACUGCCGAUCUUGCUGACGAGAGUUUUAUAGAACCGGAGAUUGGAGGAUCGUCAGAGGAAGCGCCGCUUGUCGAGAGGGCUGCUACAGAUAUUGAGCCGUUUGUCGACACUCUGGUUGAGGGAGAGCAUCUUGUGGGCGGCUUGAAGAGGUCUCCGAGCCAAGUGGUGGUGCGUGCUCUGGUACACACUUCGUCCCUCGACGACAGUACGGCGGAUGAGAACGAGGCUGAUGCCACCCCGCGCCGCUCGCACAGCCCUCUAACCUCUCCCGGCGACACACAAGACGAUGAUGAUGCUUGUUCUGUUGAACCUGAACCUGAAGAUGAAACUAUAAAGAUUGGUGGACUGUCAAUUUCCGGGGGUGAAACUGUGGAGGAUCAGCGUCCAAUUCUACCCCCGGCCUUCAACUACGUUCCAAAACGUGAGGUGGACGACAAAGCAGAGCGGUUGUUGAAAGAGAAGAGUGAUGUACAAAAAGACGAGACCGACCAGAAAAAAUCUCCUCAGCUUGGAGAGAGAGAAAGUGGGAGGCUCUUAUUGCCUGUUGAAGACGAGAUCAUGAACAAAGUUGGAAGUGUUCCCGUCUUGUCGUCAUCUCCUAGGGUGAACUCGGAAAUACCCGAUGAUGAUGACAACGGUAAAAGUGACAACGUUGAUGAAUUUGAGAAUUCUGCGAAUGUAGUCCUUCCACCUCAGCUGGAAAAUUCCCCAAGUUACACGAAUAUAGCUGAAGUGCCAGCUGAUUCAAUGAUACUAGAUACAGAUAAAUCAGAUUUUCCUUUAGUGGAAAAAGGUAAGCUAGUAUCUACUUCAUCAAGCGAGGGUAACGAGGAAUCCCACAAAGACACAGGGAUGCCUUUCUCUGACCAUGACAUGUCUUCUCCGUCCUCGAUGUCGGCAAAUGUCCCUGUGCCAGAUAAGGAAAAGUCAAUUCCUGCUUCUUUCAAGAACAAUAUGUUAGACGCAGAAUCAGCAGGUUCGAAAUCGCAAAUAACAAAUGGAGAUGUUGCCGACUUUUUGAGGAAAGAAAAUAAUUCUGGGGUACUUACUGUUGGUGAGGAAAAGAGAAAGAAUCCAGAUUAUUCCACGUUCCCCACUGUGAAGAAAUCUGACGUCUACAAGGACCAGAGUCUUGUAGAAGAAGAGGUGAUCACCGCCACCGCCAGACCAGCUGACCAGAGCGCCGUCCAGUUGUACAGGGCGGCCAUUGUGAAGAUGGACAAACUGCCGGCGGCGCCAGAACACGCCAUGAGGCCCAAGAAGGCGGCGCCUCCCAAACCCAGACCGGCCUCCUGGAAGAUGAAGGCCAUGCUGCGCAAGUUUGACUCCGGCUCAUCUUCAGAAGCCUCAACCCCAUCGCCCACAAAAGGGCAACAGAGGCCAAAGUUCAAAAGUCAAAUGUCAGAGGACAGCAUCAACAAAGGUCUUAUCGAAGGAGCUCUGAAAGAACUGGACGAUUUCAUCGAUAACGAUGAUGAGUUUCAAGAAGAGCACGAUAACUUCAAGAAAGAUGCUCAGACCAAACGACAACAGAAUGGGCCUGGCAACAACAGAAAAGUCACGAAACCUUCUUAUGCAGGGAAACCUGAAGUUGCAGAGGAGAUCUUUGUGAAGACCGAGAAACCAAAACCAACUGAAUCUGCCAAACCGUUCCUCCCCGAUCUUCUUCUCAAGCUAGAACAAAAGGAGCCCCCUGCAGGCAGACGUGUGGAACAAGAUGUGGAGGAAGAAACGAAAUCCAAAGUCUCAUUGCCAUCCCCUCAGAGGUCAAUAGACGGAGAGGAUCUAGAGGUUCCCGUGAUCCGAGAGAAGUGCCACGCCCCGCCCGUCCGCUCCUCCGUCUCUGUAGAGAGUAACAAGUACGAGGACAUUGUCGACUGGAACACGGAAAAGUUGUUUGAAAACGGCGCCUUUCCUCCCCCGGAUGUGAAUCGGUCGCAGGAUGCGGUAGGUCAAGGUCACGAGGUGACCUUUGGACGUUCGGAAGACGAUGAGGCUCAGGCGAGACCGGUUAUAAUUGAUCUGGGUUAUGAAGACGUUAAAGACAAGAUUCCAGAUAAGACUAAAGUCUUCGAUGAGGUCACCGCUGACAAGAAGAAGACUGCCUCGCCCACUGCGAAAAGGUUUCAUUUUCCCUGGAAGCGAAAAGGCAAAGACGAGAAACCGAAAGCAGGCAACAAAGAAAAAGACAAGCAGAAGGAGGCUGAAAAGGGGAAGGACAAAGGUAAGGCUCAGGGAGCUGUGAAACGAAACAAAUCAGACAGUUCCCAGAAAGAUAAAAAGAAAAAAGACGACAAUAAAUUCAAACUUGAAAAGGAGUCACAUUCUGAUUCUGGCGCAAAGGAGCCACCAAGUCCGAAAAAGGGAAAAGCGAAACAAAAAGAACAACCAAAAGCUGAUAAAUCGAAGAGCAAACAAGACGCGCCAAAAGGCAAGGCUGUACCAAAGACCGCCAAAGAGAAAUUGAAAGCGCAGACGUCGAUGUCAUCUUUACCAGAUGUCUACCACGAGAUUGAGGAAAACGCCCUCGUUCCGGUGGUGAAGAAAAAUCGCUCGCCGUCCGCCUCGUCCCGCUCCAGUGGCCCGUCCUCGUCCUCCAGCGAGUCGGACUACGAGGAAGUCGACUACAAGAAGGACGAGCAUAAUGAGCCGAGUACCAAAACAGACAGGGAGAAGAAGAGAGACACUAUCCAGUCGGCAGACUCUAACGGUUAUGAGAUCCCCGCGAAAUCGCUGCCACUUCUGCAUAACUCCGAGAGCAAAAUGAAGACUGAGACGCCUGGUCAGUUUCAUGAUGAGGUGGAGAGACUAGAUCAAAACGAUAUUGACGAUAACAGGGUGACACCAAGAGACAGUGAAAGAUUUAACGCAGCAAAAGAUAACGAUGGAGAAGAACAAGACAAUGGCCAAGCAGCUCAAGCGGCAAAGAAGGAAGGCAGCGAUGAUGACAACGACGUGAUUUGUCCUUACUUGACCUUCCAGUACCCGCGGUUUCUGGACGGAGGAGAGAUCUACGUGGACAGCCCCAUCAACUCGCCCACGAGAAAUGGAAAAAAGAAGAAACCAGGUGCCGCAGCUCUUGCCAGUCCUCCAGACACCGAGACGCCACCAGAGAGCGCUGAAAAUGAAGAUGACAAAGCCAAACAGCCACCUGCUACUUUCAGCGCAGAAGAUCUAGGGAGUAUCGGUUUCGCUUCCCCUUCGUCCAAAGACUCGCGAAGUCGCAGCAACUCGAGUUUGCCGGCCGGGUCGCCUGAGAUGAUGAGAAGGGACGACAUGUCACUCUGCGAGGCGGUGUCUCUCGCGCUGCCUAAUCUGUCGUCGAGCUUUGACAAGGGCAGAGACGACGAGAGUCCGAGAGACUCCCCUCGGAGCUACAGAGCUUUACCGGAAACUACGUCAUCAUCUCCGGCUUCUACUUCUGUCGCGAAGAGAAAAACAGGAAAUCUUGGUGACACCGGGGCUGCUAAUUCAAUAGGGGCAACUGAGCAGAAAAAUAACUUCACGCUUGACAAAAGUCCAGCUGGUGAGGCCUUAGAUUUCAAAGGUUCUGGUAGCCUGGGGUCGUUUCACAACGAUGACGCGGAUUCUCCGUCCAGUACUGCUGCUGACGUGUUGGAACAGACAGAGUCUCGGGUAGACACAGACGUGCUGAACCGGCCCCCGGUGUCCGGUGAGGACCAGGCCAGGUGGAGAAUGGCGCUCAGCCAGGGCGCGGGGUCUCUGAGUCAAGACAAGACUUCGUCUGUUUCUUCCUCCUCUUCUUCAUCUUCGUCGUCAUUGGAAUCUGAUGAUAACGGCAGUGGUGGCAAUGUCUCUGAAAGCAAAGGGACCAAGCUGAAAAACAAAGUCUUCGGGACAGCUUGA